AUGUCCGUCAAAUUCACCGCCCGCGGCGCCAUCAUCCAGGAAUUGACCGUCGCCGGCCAGAACAUCGUGCUCGGCUUCGACAAGAAAGAUGGAUACGAUACCCUGAACCCCUGGUUCGGCGCCACCAUCGGCCGCGUCGCCAACCGCAUCCGCGACGGCGUCGUCCAGAGCCUGAACGGCCAGUCCUACCAGCUGGAGACCAACGACCGAUCUAACGCCCUGCACGGCGGCAGCCGCGGCUGGGGGCGGCGCGACUUUGAGGGCCCCACGCUGCUGAAGCGCGCCGGCAAGGACACCCUACUCUACACCUACACCAGCCCGCACAUGGACGGCGGCUACCCGGGCACCGUCGAGAUCCGCGUCUUCUACAACGUCGAGGACGACCACGGCGUCACCGUCGUCAAUAUCGAGUACGAGGUGGAGCUGAUCGGGGACGAGUGUGAGGAGACCAUUGUCAACGUGACCAACCACAGCUACUUCAACCUGUCCGGCGGGCCAACGAUCGCCGGCACCUCGGCCAAACUCUUCACGCAGGACUACCUCCCGCUGGACAACACCGGCAUCCCGCACGGCCAGAUCGCGCCGCACCCGCAGACCGUCACCGAGCCCUUCACGAUCGGCGCAGACCACCAGCCCGCCUUCGACGACGUCUUCAUCAUGGAUCGCGACGUGGCCGCCAUCCCGCUGGACACGCGCGCGCGCCCGCUCCGCCCGCUCGCCGAGUUCGACCACUCCGGCAUGCAUCUGCAGGUGCUGAGCACCGAGCCGGCCUUCCAGUUCUACACCGGCGGCGGCAUCGACGUGCCCGCCGUCGGCGCGACCCCGGCGCGCGCCCCGUUCGCCGGCUUCUGCGUCGAGCCCAGUCGCUUCGUCAAUGCCAUCAACGAGCCCGAGUGGCGUCACAUGGUGAUACUGAAGAAGGGCGGGUUGUAUGGCAGUCGCGUGCAGUACCGGGUGUGGAAGGCGUAG